CACUCGAGUAUACCUGGUGCGCGUGUGUGGAAAUCGCGAGUUUUCGGCAUGUGAUAGCGAAAGUGGUGCAUGGUGUUUCUACAACGUGUCUCUGUGAUUCCGUGUGCCAAUGGUAUACAGCUGACGCGUGACGUGUUCCACGCGCGGCGAUCGCUAAAUAAAACACUUGACGAUUGCGUCGUGUGCAAGGAUAUAUAGUCGAAAGGUCUUGCUCGUUGGUUCUCGAUCCGGCAGCAGCGAGUCCUGCUAGGAGGUGUCUCCGUGGGCAGUGCAUCGAAUAAAAAUAAAAUAGUGAUUUGACCAAAAGUGAAGUGCUCUACUUGGACAAGUGCGUCAAAGCCGAUGCGAUUGAGCAUCGCCAGACAGAUAAGUAUACCCGUGCAUCUGAGACGCGAGCACCAUGACGUUCUCGUCGCAGCUGAGGAGGAGCCUGAGACGCCGGGACGCCCAUCAGAGUUGCCACAGUAUCGCCUCAGUCGCGGCCGAUGAGCCGGUGGUCACGAAUGGCCACGCGGAUGACGAGCCGGGGGCUUCGCCCACCAAGACGCAUAAAGACUCGAGGCUGACGACUCGGCAGCUCAGGCAGGCAGCGAAGCGCGAGCUGAAGAAAAAAAAGGAGGAGGCCGAGGAGGCGCCCUCUCCCCCGGCCUCGAGCGGCAAGCUCGAGCGCAAGCCCUCGCUGCGGUACAAGUUCGGCAGGCUGCUAAAGGGGACCGCCGAGUUACCGGCAGCCAUCAACCGCGGCUUCCGUCGGAACGUGGCCAGCCGCGGCGACUCCACCAGCAACAACGCCCGCGUCAGGGGCAACGAAGCCAGCUGCCCCAACAUCGACCAUCUGCUGCGGAUGCAGGAGCUACAGCGCGAGGAGGCACGCAAGCUCGCGGUGCGACCCCCACAUCAGGUGCGCCAGCAGGCCAGGCUCACGGCUUCGUCGAUGAAGCACUCCGUCAAGUGGUACAGCAGCCUCGGCUCGCUCGAGGAGAAGUCCGAGGAGGAGACCAGUCGGCCGAGCUCCUUUGCCUAUCCCACCUCGCUGCAGGACCUCAGAGUCAUGGGCACCACGAGCCUAGAGAACCUCCUGAGUGUCCAAGAACGGGAUGGAGAAAACAGUGAAAACGAUGCCUCCAACGACCAAAGUAGCCACGCGUCUGACUUGUCUCUAGAUUCGAGCAAGCCUCCAUGCGAGGCCAGCCAUCCUCCAGUUGCCGACCAGUACGCGUAUGCCAGAGAAAAUGAGGAGCCAGGAGAAAGUGACACUUUCGUGGAUCAACAGGUGGUGCAUCGAUUGGGCGACGUGAAACCUUUCAAAAACAGCCUGCCGGCUUUACAUGGUAGCAGCUUUUGGAGCGGAGUGCGAAAUACCAUCAGACAGUCGGUGCGCUCGAGGUCGCUGUCGCAGCUCGACGCCCUCGGGACCAGCAUACUGGACGCGGGUGAGCAUCAAAUGGGCGGCGAGGACUCGGGCCAGCAACAACAGCAUCAGCAGCACCAACAGCACCCGAGCCAGAGCCCGUAUUACCACCAGAUGCAAUAUCACUCGCACACCUUCGGCGAGUCCAGCCCGCGCUUUCUCGUGCCGAACGCGGCCUCGGCCGACGGCAAUCGACCAAACAGGACCAGGCACAAGCUCUCGAGGUCACAGGUAUCCAGCAGCGAGUACUUCAGCGUGGACUUCGAUGUGGGCGACGAGACCAGUGUCAUAGAUCGAGAAGAGUUUUUACCCGCUACCAAAGGGACAUAUCUUGUGGAAAUUUUAGGACCAGUUUGCGAACGGCGAGGCAUCGAUUUGUCGCGCGUUGACGUUCUCAGCGACAGCUUCAAUGGGCCUCUGUCCAUAACAACCACCGAAACAUCCUCCCUUGGCGGAAAAAAUUUACGAAUAACAGCCAAGGACGAGAAAUCCAGUUGGAGAUCGGCGAGUCAAAAGGGCAGUCAGAAUGUUACCCUCCACAAAACCAGCGGGAGUUACAGGGGCAGGGGCAAUCGUUUCUUCAGCGCGUCGACCGAGGACUCGAGCGUGGACUCGGAGUUUAGCGCGGCCGCCGCGGCGCACGCGAGCUCCGCCAAGGGUACCGCUGGGCCCGCGGGACUCAACAAAACCGGCAAGCAGCGCUGGAGCUCGUUCUUCACCGGCAACAAGGGCACCAAGAUGGACCCGCUCAUCGAGAAGCUCAACUUUUACAGCAAGUACGGCGUGCCCAAGCUACCCGAGGCCCAUCAGUUCUUGUCCUACGAGUUUGCCCCCAGCGACGAAGCUGUGUUCAGUUUGGAGGACGAUUGGCGCGAAAUAGUCGAAAAUUCCGAGCUGUUGAGCGAUAAGCAGCAGCAUCAGCAGACGGCCAUCUGGGAGCUAGUGGAGACCGAAGCGGCCUACAUAAAGACACUGAAGGUCGUAACCGAUCUCUUCAUGGCGUGCCUGUGCGGCCUGCAGGCCUCGAGUAUCCUGAUCGAGGUCGACAGGGCGAGGCUGUUCUGCAAUAUCCCGGAAAUCUACGCGGCCAAUCGCUACUUUUGGACGGCCCACGUGAGCGCGAUGCUGGACGCGGCGAGGAGCACGAGGAAGCCCCUCGACACUGUACAUCUGCUCCCGGCUUUCGAGAACUUCGAGGAGAUAUUUGCACCGUACGCGAGGUACUGCUCCGAGCAGGGCAGGCGCCAGCAGUACUGCCGCGAAAUAUUCCAGGACAACGACGUAUUCACGGCCUAUCUCGCGUGGUGCGAGACCCAAAAGGAGUGCAACCGUCUGAGGCUGCUCGACAUUUUGGUGAAACCGAUGCAAAGAAUCACCAAGUACUCGCUUCUACUGAAGGCCGUGCGGAAGAACACGGAAAACGAGGAUCAGCAAUCUGAACUGACGGCCAUGAUAAAAUCCGUGGACACGUUCGUGGGCUCGAUAAACUCGGCGAUGCGCUGUAGCGAGGAAACGGCGCGGUUGGCGACCGCCGCGUCACGGCUCGAGAGCUACGACGCCGUCGAGUCUAAGGACGACGAGCUGCUCGGGUUUAUCAAAAAGUACUGCAACUUGGACAUUAUGAAUGCACCCAUGCCCGGCUGUCCCAAGGACUCGCUCAGGAUACUGCUGCGCGAGGGCGAUCUCAAAUUCCGCGACCCUACGUCCAGCAAGAUGGAGGUGCACCUACUGCUGAUGACGGACAUGCUGUUGAUCUGCAAAGCGGCGAAGAAGGUGUCCUCGAGUGCUUCCAUGACCUUCAAGGUGAUCCGGCAGCCGUACGUCGUCGACCGCAUCCGCAUCCACGAUUUGAAGGAAAACUCGGGUUUCGCGAUAAUUUACCUGAACGAGUUCGGCACGACCUCGGCGGCCUUCGUCCUCAGCGCCAGCGAGCCCAAUCUCGCCAAGUCGUGGGUGGAGUCGAUACGCAAGGCGCAGAAACAGCUGGCGGUGCUGAGAAGGGCGGCCCUCAACAGCGUGCUGACCACGACGGUUAGUCGGCAAGCGAGCACGUACCUCGGCGACACGGACUACGAGAUGGAUGAGUUCUGCGGCAUGGAGGGUGUGCCCAAGACCCCUCGUGGGAGCAGUCGAGCCUCGAGGGUCAGCAGUCUCGCGCACAGCCACAGCAUGUACUUUUUCAGCGGCAGCAUGGAGAUGGAGGGCGCCUCACCGGGUAGCAGCAACUUCCUGCCGAGCUACAACCAGAGCCGGAACGUCAGUAUGGAGACGACGGAGCCGCCGAGGGCGUCGAGCGUCUCGUCGGAGGAGGGCACGGAGUCAGCGGCGGCUGCUGCGGCUGCCGCCUUGGCUGGCCACAAUCAGCGGCAACUGCAGAUCAGCAGGCGUUCACUGCUGAACAAGUCACCGACGCCCAACACGCUGAGCGUCCAGGUACCUGCCUACUCGUGUCUCGGGCAAUCUCUGCCCAACCUGACUCUGGCAACCUCGCCGCAGACCUCGACGGUGUCACCGACGCCGCCCAGCUCCCUCCUCAUCGUGCCUCAGAUUACCAAAAGCAAGGACGCCCUACUUUCGCCGGGUCAUCGAGGUGAAUUUACGUUUAAGAAAAAAGGUAUCUCGUAUCCACCGCCGUCGCCACCGAGAGGUGCGCUCAGGCGAACUUUUGCAAUAUCGCAGUCGCGCAACCCCCCGCUCGUCAAGACGCGGCACAUAAACGCCUCGGCGACCCAGUCCCUCCAGACGACCGUCAGCCUCGACACCGAGGGCAUGGAGGAGCGCAGAAGGCGGCUCGAGUCAACUCACCGGGUCGCCUCCACCAGCAGCAUAGCCGAGGAAAAGAAGUGAAGAGCAGUCACGGGACUGCAGGGAUCAAGUUUUCAGGCAAUAAAGCUGCCGUCGUUGGCAUCAGCAGUAGCACCGGCUACCGGGACCGGCUCUUUUGGAUGCACGGGGACACCGUCGCCGGGCUUUUAUUUCCGUAAAACGCGGAAGCGCGCGGGUGCUGCACACACCCGUUGCGCUUUCGGCAGCGGCGCCAGGGCUACGGGGACCAAAUCCACAACUGUACAUCACUCCGCCUUUUUCCACGUUUGUUCGGCCGGCGGGUCUACUGCGCGCGUCCUUAUACUCUUACUGUUAUACACCACCAACGCAAUAUACCACCGCUCGAGUGUGCAUAUACGUGUAACCGUCGAUAUAUGUCCGCUGGAGCUUUGAAAAUCAAUUGGCGAUGUGUACUGGGAAAUUUUUGUAAUCGAUUGGGGCCACUUCGAAGACAACGUAAAACUUUUAUGAUAGAUUACAGCUGUUACUACGACGCGCUACGGCGAACACAAUUUUUCUUACUCUGCAAAUAAAGGAAAUAUUUAUCAAGAGCGAAGAAAAGGAGAGAAUAUCUAUCUAUGUAUGUGAGUUGUCGAAUGAGACAGCAAACGCAAUUUUUUCGAAUCGUUCGUUUAAUAUGAACUUUUUUCUGUGAAUUUGAUGAUAAUAAAAGAGAAAAAAAAAUGAAAAAAAAAAAAAA